UCAAAAUGAAAUAGGAAGUCAAAUCUAUGUUUGCUGAGAAAAUGCAAAUGAGCACAGGAUUAAAAACGAGAAGAGAAAGCAGGAAAAAAAAAGUCACUCAAUUCGGAAGUUAAGACCAGUAUUUAAAUAACGUGAACUCUUCCUAAUCCCCAGAUGUUCUUCUAAUUUUCAUAGACAAGGUUGGAGGAAGAGGGACUCAAGAAGUUAUCAUUGGAGACGAUGCCUGACACUGACACUGACACUGACACAUUUCGGCGCAUCCGCAGACCUCCUAAACCUCCAUGUGUGGUUGUAGGAUGUUUCCAGGUGAUUUCGUGCGUCAUGCCCAUUGCUCAGUUCGUUAUUGGAGCAUUGUACCAGUUUGACUGCCCCAGGCAGCCCUACAUUCCCAUCUACCUGCUGGUGAUGGGAGUGGUCUCCAUGCUGCUGGCUCUGCUCUCCAUCCUUCCGUGUCACGCAGGCUUCGGCAACCACAGCGGCGCCUGGAGCUGCCUCGUCUCACUCUUCUUCUUCUGCUGGUUCAUUGCUGGAAAUGUGUGGAUCUACUCCGUCUAUGAACCCAACUACAAUAAGACAGUAAGCAGGGAUGUGUACUGCAACAAGACACUCUACCUGUUUGCCUUCUGGACCACCAACAUGAGCUACGUCCUGUUUGGCUUUUUGCUUUUCUGUACCUGUUGUCCGUGGACUCUGUGUGGUGAAGAUUAAAAUACAUACACAAAAUAUUUUAUGGUACAGACUUGAGAUCAGCAACCCACAUUUACAUACUGCAAGGAUGGGCUGAAUUUUAACAGUCAGGGGCACAAGCUCAGUAACCUCUUAUUGGUUUGACUUAUUUGCAUGUGUUGAGCUCUGACUUUACAUUAGUCUCCCCCUGUGCCAUGAAUUGAGUGCAGAAAAUAUCAACAGAUAUUAAAACCACUGAGCUAGAUGCAAGAAUAGGAAGUGUGAACGUUCAACAAAAUCUAUCAUAGGAGCAAUAAACUACCACAUUGUAACUGGUUCCGUUCAUAUGAGAAAAAUAAAAAUAUUUCAGUCUUUGUUUGCCGUCAUCA